UGUACGAAAUUAUUUUAAUCUCUGUGCUUGUUUGAAGUCGAUGUCAACAGAAUCUGAUAUUGAUCAAGCCCUAAAUGCCUUAAAAAAGCUGUAUCAGGAUGUAAAAAUUUUCUAUUACAACAUUCUACAUUCUCUGGAAUCUCCUUAUCCAGUUGAGCACGCCUUAGAACAUUGCAACAACUUAUCUGACCAAGUAGACACUCUUGAUGCCAUGGUAAAGGGUUUUUGUGAUUUGGCGAUUGACCCAGGUGCCACGGUGGAAACGCUAUUGUCUCAAUGCAAUACCAGUAGAAAAGAGAUUGACCAGCAAACGAAACUCAUUGACAAAAGAGUAAUUAUGACACAGAACAGAUUGAAAAAUUAAAUGUGCCAAUCUGUGAAAAAUGUCCUGAUGAUAAAACGGCCAUUUUUUAAAUGACACAAAUUUACGCUAUAUACACGUAUAUAAUAUAUAUAAUACAUAUGUACCAGACGUGUACUAGAAUUCCACGUCAUUAAUUUCAUAUUGUUUGAUGGACCAUGUCCAGCUCUGUAUUCCCUAACACAGGAAUAGGUCAGGCAUCUACCGAGCCGUUGCUUGGUAUUUCAUUCAAAACUGUCAGUUUUCCAAGGAAUUACGAAACAACUAGGGUAUCCAGACAAGGGACCAAGCAUAGAUUUUCUGAUUGUCAUCAGUGCCAAGUUUGUUUUUGUGCGACCUCUUUUUAAUUUUUUAAUGCCUGCGCGCGAUCUUUCAAUUGACGCGACAUAUCGACGGCUUAUAGGCGACUACUGCAGCGAAGUAAUUUUUCCGGCGCUAUGGUAUAACUGCGCAGUCUGUAUAGGUAUCAGUACAAUAAAGAGCGGGGGAACUAUUCCUUCUUCUGUCAACUGUUCGACGAUGAUGUUUUGACGUCUGAUUUGUUGUGAAUAAAAAAAGACUGCCAUUUUUUGGUACACAUAAAAUGCAGAAAUUACGUUACCGCGAGCUGCUUCUUGGGACCGCCAAACAUGUUUAAGGGCGGCGGCGAGAUUUGGGAUGGCAAACGACAUGACUUCUACGAGACGAACAUAAGAACCGGGAUAUUCUGUAACGUUUGUAGAAAGAAGUUGUGUAAAUUCAAAAAGGUAUAUAAGUGCAAAGUUUGUUCAUUUGUGGUUCACAAGUCCUGCCUUAUUAGGGCACCAAAGAAGUGUCCGCCUUGGAAUUUUGAAGAAGAAUGGCAAGUAGUCAAUUACGUGCAUCAUUAUUGGAUAGAAGGUGGAGGAGUAGAUAAUGAGUGCGAACGGUGCAGUGCGCCAUUGAACGGUUCAAAAUGGUUACACGGAUACAGGUGUCAUUACUGCCGAAUAGCCUGUUGUCCAAAAUGUUUUUCUUCGCUAGAGAACAACAAAUGUACAGGAGGACUAGAAGUCACAAUUCCGCCAGGAAGGAUUUUGACACGAAAAUCCAACUGUCCGGUAGAUUGGGAUAUACAUUUAGACGAGAAUGAAAGAGUAAAUCCGUUGGUUGUUUUCAUCAAUGAUAGGAGUGCGGACGUAACAAGGAAAGAACUCGAAUACAAGUUUAGUAGGGUGUUAAAUCCUAUUCAGGUGGUCAACUUAGGCCGACAGAACCCGUCGUCGAUGUUGAGUUGGAUGCAAAAAAACAGAAUUCAGUAUACAAUCUGUGUGUGUGGCGGAGAUGGGACAUUAGCAUGGAUUUUGUCGACCUUAGAUACAUUGAAGACAAAAAACUUGCCACGCGUGUUUAUUUUGCCAUUUGGAACAGGAAACGACAUGGCAUACACACUUGGAUGGGACGAUCGGUAUUGUGAUAUGCCGAUUGAAGAUAUUAUUAGCGAUGUACUGACAGGGAAAGAGGUAAGAUUAGAUCGUUGGAGAAUGGAGAUAAAGAGGUUUGAAUCUUUUGAGAAGUCAAUUUAUACGGUGAACAACUACUUUAGCAUUGGCCUGGAUGCAGCAAUUUCAUUGAAAUUUCAUCGUGCAAGAGAAAGUAACCCAAAAUCAUUUUGUAGUCGAAAGUACAACAAACUCUACUAUACCAAAUUAGGUUUUUUGAGUUUAUUUCAACCUGGAAUCAACUUAUCAAAUGUCUUGCAUUUAGAAGUUGAUGGAAGACAUGUACAACUGCCAAACAAAAUACAGUGUGUGAUUAUACUGAAUUUGAACAGCUGGGCCGGAGGGACCGACCUUUGGAGAACACACAAAAAUUCUAAUUGGAGACAACAGAAAUGUCAUGACCAAAUUUUGGAAGUUGUCGGUCUGAAAAAUGCAUUUCAUUUAGUCGGCGUACGCCUAAAGUUAUUCAAUGCUAUUCGACUUGCGCAAGGCUCAAACAUUGUUAUAACAUGGCUAGAGAAAUGUAAAUUACCUGUACAAGCUGAUGGCGAGCCUUGGGAAGAAUCAUUCAGUACAAUCGCAUUAACUUACCAUUCUGCAACAAAAAUGUUAGCAGCUCCUGGUAAAUUAAAUUCAAGUCUAGAAGAUAGUACCCAAAAAGAACAAGAUGAUGUUUGCUGUUUUAAAAACACACGCAAAAGAAGGUGACUUGACAUGUGAGAUUAUAUUUUUUUUUGAAAAAUUCCAUCAGCAAUUCAUGUGGUAGCUUUCUACACGGUUGCUAAUUUGGAAUUCGCUCCAAUCAGUUUAAAAAACUAUCCGUAUCUUGAAUGAAAAAACAUUGAAGAAGAAAAUAAGUGUACUGAACUAUGAGAAGCCUCCUUCUUUGUUAAUAAUGCGCGUGACACAUAUAGAAGAGAAUGUUUUUUUUGUAAGAACAACAGAUAAACAAAAACUCUAUGGCCCACCCCAAAAUGGCAUAGACGACUUUUCAAUGCCAUUAGAAAAUAGCAUCACCCUUCAAAUUUACGUCGGAACUUCUAAACGGCAACUUAAUACAAGGUAAAUAGUAGUUGUUAUAGUGGGUUUACAAUGUUCUUCUUUUUAAUAAGCAAAAACAUUUUUAAGAGGAUACUCUGCAUUUUAAUGCAAAAAAAAAAAUCAGCCCGCGUUUUUUUUCCAACUUCAUUUCUUGUGCUGGUGAGAUUAUCAUCUCUAUUCCCACUGUACUUCUAUUUAUCCCGACUCUCCUCCAUCGCACAUUUAUCUGUCAUAAAUCAUAUUUUUUCCUCUCAUGUCUAAGAAACAUCACACCAUCUUGCUUAUUCAAUUCAACAGGAAUGAGGCUUCACGCGUUUACAGAGAUUUUGAAACCGUCAACGAUGCAAUGGAUGGUAUUUGUGGUUUGUUGGCCGAGAAAGUUCGUAAGCAACGCCAUGUUCGCCCGGAUACCAUGGUCGAAUUAACUUGUGGUGAAAUUCAUGAUUAUAUUGAUUCAUUGGCUGAUUUGGGUGCAUUGGUUUUACGUCCUGAAACAAAUACAUACGCACCACACAACAAGGAAUGGAUCAAAGAUAGGCUGUCAAGGCAUCUGAUUAAGCAGAGGCAAUAAAAAUGGCGAAUGCUCUUUCCAUAUAAAAUAAACUUGUAUACACUCUA